CUUCCGGCAGAGCAGGUUGGACACAAAGUGACAGACUUCACCUCCUUAAAAUUGGAAGAAAACCAGCAGGACGACGCGUUACAAGUUAUUAAACAAUUGUAAUGAUUUUCCGACAUGGACGACAUCAACCUUCAUUAUCGCUUUCUGAACUGGAGAAGGCGAAUACGAGAAAUUCGUGAAGUGCGAGCAGUGCGAUACCGGGAGCGGCUGAAACGGAUGCUGAGAGAUGGAGACAUACUCAGGUAUCACGGCAAUUCAGAUGAAGUUGGUUGUUUUGUGGCAGCCAGGCCGUUGUCAAAAAGAAAUCGCUAUUUUGAAGUGACCAUCAUCGAUACUGGAGUGAGGGGGAUGAUUGCUGUUGGUUUGGUGCCUCAGUUGUACAAGUUGGACCAUCAGCCGGGCUGGCUCCCACAUUCUGUGGCCUUUCAUGCUGAUGAUGGCAAGCUGUAUAAUGGCAACACUGUAGGACAGCAGUUUGGUCCAAAAUGCUGCAGAGGUGACAGAAUCGGAUGUGGGAUAUCCCUGGACUCUGAUGAUGGACAGUUAACAGUGUUUUUUACCAAGAAUGGUAAAGAAGUUGGCAGUGUGGAAAUCCCAGCAUCUCCUGAUGCUCUCUACCCUGCUGUGGGAAUGCACUCUUUGGGGGAGGAAGUGCUGCUGGACCUGCACGCUGAAUGGGGGAUGGAGGAGGAUGAUGGACAGAUGAUAGUGGAUAGCCAUGAAGAGGACUGGGCCCGACUCCACGAUGUUAAGGUGACUGGCACGCUGCUGGAGUACGUGGGGAAAGGGAAGAGCAUUGUGGAUGUGGGCUUGGCUCAGGCCCGUCGGCCUCUCAACACACGCUUCCACUACUAUGAGCUGGAGAUCACGGAUGCUGGAGAAAAGUGUUACAUUGCCCUGGGGCUGGCACGCAGGGACUAUCCUAAAAACAGACAUCCAGGGUGGAGCAGAGGGUCCAUAGCUUAUCAUGCAGAUGAUGGGAAGCUGUUCCAGGGCAGUGGGGUUGGGGACGCCUUCGGACCACGCUGCUUUGAAGGAGAUAUUAUGGGAUGUGGGAUCAUGUUUCCACGUGACUACAGCCUCGAUGGUGGAGAUGAUGUAGAUGACUGGGACCUCGAUGUGUUACCCAAGCCCAGCGAGGUUCAGAAUGACUUGUAUGCAAGCAAUGAAGAUGAGGAGGAUGAGGGAGAAGAUAUGGAGGGUACGAAGGUGACGGUGUUCUUCACCCGAAAUGGAAAGGUAGUGGGCCGGAGGGAAGUGGUCUUACCAGCAGGAGGCUUCUACCCCACAAUCGGUAUGAUGAGCACCGGGGAGAAGGUCAGAGUGGACCUGCACCCCCUCAGUGGCUGAGGAGGAGGGGGGAAAUCAGAGUGAGAGCUAGGACGAAUGAUUGAGCUCGGAGACCGACAACUUUAAAUAACAACUCCACAUCAACAGGCUCCAACGUGUUACUUGAAAAGUCACUCCGGCGUAGGAGGUUACUGUGGCUCCCUCAUGCUGUAAGAAUGGUUUAACAUGCUGACAAUUUUUGUUUUUAAAAUAAUGAUCAAAUUAAUUUAUGUUAAUAUUAUCUGUGCCUCAAAAAAGUGCUUUAUAAUGAAAUGGUUUUAUAAGAAAACUUUAAGGGUAAAACACUAUUAUUUUUUUUUGACAAUUUAACCACAAAGUUAAUAGAAGAACGUAAAAUGCCAAAAUAGGGUCUCAACAGAAUAUUGAAUGUAGGUUCCAGCCAACAAACGGACCCCAUUUAUCCUCAUAAGCGGAACAUUAUCAGCAGUAAUAUGUCAGCAGAUACUUUCACAGCCUGCAGCCACACCGUGCUCAUUAACAGAGGUCUGCUGUGCUCUGCUGUACUUCCUCCUGUUGGUGGUGUAUUACUGACACUCAGUGGCGAGACUGAUAGCGUGGGUGCUUGUUCUGACACGGAGUCAUUCCAUGGAGUCAUUACAGCUUGUUUUGUGGCAACCGUGCAAGCAGUGAGCAUUAGGAAUUAUGGGAUAAUUAAAUGUAAUAACAAUUAGUUGAAAUUAAAUCCAAACCAUCACUAUGACCUUUAACUGUUCUGAAGGUGUAAGCAGUUUCAGAAGCAAAAUUCCAAAUUGAUGUUCGUUUGAAGAUCGUGCAGCGGGUGUUGUCCUUCUUUAUCAGGUAUUAACCUGAAUAAUUGUUGGACUGUAAUUAAAAAGAUGUGCAGGUACAGGUUAUAAUCACUCCAAAAUGUUCAGCAUAAACAUGGCUGAAAAAAAAAAGGUCUUUUGAGCCUUUUGAUAAACUGAGCUUUACAGGAAAAAGACAGAUUGGAGGUCUUGGUAUUGAAUGUAUUUUCUGUGGAUCAUGAGGUAUUCUGGAUGAAAUGGAUACAAAAUGUCUCAAAAAGGGAAAAACCGUGAAGAGCAAUUCUCCUGAUCCUUAAACCCUUUCAGGCCAAAAAAAAAAAAAAAGAAUGACUAAACAUGGCGUAGUAGUAAAUUUCUUACUAGUUCAACAUUUGAAUAUUUUGUUAAAGAUAUGAAUGUUGAAAAUGAAGCCAUAACUAAGAUUUGCUGCUCUCAGGUAUAUUUGAAAAUCAAAAUUAAUUACCUUGUUUUUUCUAACGUUAGUUGAAGUCAGUCAUUGUUUGCCACAAACUGUUCUUUACUUGUAAUUCUUUUGUUUGUGUGUUUGUUUGUUUGUUUGGUAGGUUGGUUGGUUGGUUGGUUGGUUGGUUGGUGAUUGUUUUUCUAAGACAUAUUUCUCUUUGAAAUAGAAGACAGUGAAAGUAGAGGACUCUGACAAUCCCCCGUUAUAGUUAAAUAGUAAAGGGUUGUUUUCCUUUUUGUGACACAAAUUUUAAACACACCACGAUUUUAGGGAUAAAGACACUGCUUCUGGUAUCAGUUCAUACUACACUAUAACAGGUUUCUCUGCAGAUUUCUAUAAGCUGUGAGUUGUUCAUAAAAAUAUGACAAUAGGCUAUGUAUCGCUGGCGACAACUGCAAUUUUUAAAUUGUACCUGCAAUACUGUAUUUUAAUGUUACUUUUUAUUUUCUUCAACAACAAAAAAAAAAGCAAUCUGCCAUAAACAGAUAUCAUAAGAGCUUUAUGGAUGUAGUAAGAGGGCUUUAUGGUAGAAUAUUGAUUAUUUGAACUUUAGUUGUGUAAAAAAUAAAAAAACAAAACAUGA